AUGUCGCCAACAGACCAAAGCAACGACCGCUUGCAACGACCGAUUCUCCACCUCGAGUUCAAAACAUACCAUCACUAUCAUUACUAUCUCUACACUCACUCGUUUCUCCCGUAUCUCGAAGAACCUAGUGAAAGGUUUCUAAAGAACACUGAGAGCUACGGUACCAGCCCCAAUUCAGGCUUCAACACACGAUUUGCAGCGUCGCCGUCACCCCCAUGGAGCACCUUGUCAGACGCCAUGGUAAUUCUGUUUGAGAAUGAACUCAAAGCUAUGUAUUUUGAGCAGACGGCUAUAGAAUUUCGCCGCACGGAAGAAUACCGCUAUAAAUGGUCCGGGUGCUGUGAUCCGCCGCUCGCAAAAUGGAACCAAGGCGCGCCGGUGUUGACGGAUCGAGACUCUAUAAUUGACUUCUUCAACAAGGAAGUCAUGUUAUAUAUUGAUGUGGAUGUGAUGCGCAGGCCGAUAGAAGAAUUUCACUUCCCACUUCUAGGGCGGUAUCUUUACCGGACUUGGUUUCGACAACAUGACGGUCGACCGCCAUUCCAAAGUGGCGGAUUCAUCGUCAAGCCCAUGCUACUGCAGGAGCCGUUGCAGACGGAUCUAGUCCAACUAUCGACAUAUCACACGGAGCUUUCUAAAUUUCUCUCGCAGCCUCUUGAUGAUCUUGUCGCGUUCGAUUGUUACCGUCAGCCUGGAGACACUUCGCCGUCGCUCUGUCCGCCCACCCAGUCCUUCCGUGACCAUGGUUACUUCAUGUGUCCCUUGUUCAAAGCCUUGUACGUUGUUUACCACAAUCAAUUUGAUGAUCAUGACUAUUUGGAUGAACCGAUGGAUCGGGGAGACUUUCUCCCGCUCUUCCAAUCUGGUUUGGAAUUUAACGUUAACCGCCCUGAUUAUCAAGAUGAGCCAGAACCAACAGUCGUUCGAGUCAAAUUAGAGACGGCGCUUCAGUUCAUAGCGGACCUACUGAAGAAGGAAGAGGCUACCCCAGAGAUACAGAGAUGUAUACAAGAGCAAGACGAAGGCUGCCAGGAUUUUGUUGAUCGAAUGAUUUACGAUUGUCGAGAAUUUGGCAUCGACUCGCACCGGUCUUAUUGGGCUGCCUUUCGACGAGUCCGGGCAAGAUUGGAGAACGAGGCAUUUGAAGACGACCAAGCCAUUCCAUCAUGGGAAUGCCUAUGUCGAUGGACUUAUUAUUGA